UCUCAUGAUAUGCAACUAUUUAAACCGAAACUAGUAAAGAUUAGAGUUAGUGUUUAUCAUUUUCGAAAAUUCUAUAAUUAUCUUUACAAAUCAACCAGGAAGUAGAUUCACAACGUCAAUGGAGGCCACCUUGAUUAAUUGUAACAAAAUGUUGGUAUUUUGGAUUGCUAGGCAGUUUUAAGCAGACCACAGGAUUGUCAUUUGAAGCACCAACAGUGGUCUUGAUUAAACCUGAUGGCAAGACGCUUCACUCGUUUGGAUACGACGCAGAGUCCAAUUACGCAGAUCUAGCUGAAACAGGCGACCACAAGGAUUGGUACUACUUCAGACGGUUCAAGAUGGCAUUCGCUUCUACCUAGUGCAAAACGGGCGUUUAACACAUUAUUGCACGAUGUUAAAAUAAGGCCAGAAAACAGAUAAUACGUUAAUAAAAUGUAAUGUAUAAUGUUGUAAUGUGUAUUCUAAGAGAUUUAAACCAGUUUUAUAUAUAAUGAAAGUGUUUUGAUCAGGAUGGUCGUGUUCGACUCUCGAGAGCUUUUGCACAUUUCCAAAAAUCCUCUCGAGUCGAAUACAUCAUCCGUGAUCAAAAUGCAGUCCUGCUAGCCCUAUUAUCUCAAACUUCUCAACGAAAUCAUGAGUAUUUGUUUCGAUGAGUAGUUAAUGUUUAUCUUGAAUAUCUGAAAUAUAUUUUUAUUUUCCAAACAUGCAUUUAAAGGAUGUACGUUGAUGCAAACGUUUCUUUUCAUGCAUUAUUAUGUUUAACUCAUUUGGCUUUAAUAAAUAAACAAAAAGCAUUUAAUUUAUGUACAGAUAAAAUAAUUACCCUUUAUUAAUGUUUUAUUUUCAAUUAAUAGCUACGUGGCCUCAAAUCACACGUUAAAAAACAACACAAAAUUACCGCUUAUAUGUUUUGAUCUGUUCACAAAUCAUAUGCUUGUUUUGUUUUGAUCAUUAAAGACAAAUGAUUUAACAUAAUAAUGCAUUAACAUUUAAAAGAAAAUGUUGGUCUCAAUCUGUAUUGUGCGCCCUUAAGGGAAUGCAAGUAAAUACACUCAUCGAAGAAACCGGUGGAAAAAAGCUCGAAGCCAUUGAAGUAUUCUGCCUAACCAUCAAAUGCAUCAAAGACGACCUCAUUGCAACGGUCAAGCAACAACUGUCUGGAGGAGAAUUCAGAGAGUCGGACGUAUCGUGGGUUGUCACCCUGCCAGCCAUUUGGAAUGACGCAGCCAAGCAGUUUAUGAGAUGUGUCGCUGAAAAGGCUGGAAUUGACAAAGACAAACUUACCCUAGCUUUAGAGCCUGAAGCAGCAUCAUUGUCGACAUUUGCCAAUAGAAAAAAAUGUUGGAGAUUCGGAUGCCAGUCUCUGCAAAUCUCCUAUAGGAACGAAGUACAUUGUGGUAGAUGCUGGAGGAGGGACUGUGGACAUCACUGUGCAUGAAAUAGUGAGCGAGAACACAGUCCGUGAACUGCACAAAGCCAGUGGAGGCGCCUGGGGAGGUACGAAGGUGGACGAUGCGUUUGAGCAACUUAUUGAGGAUAUAAUUGGAACUGGUACUUUCGAUGAAAUGAGGAGGGAGAGCAUGGAAGAAUACCUGGACAUAUCUCGCGAGAUUGAAAUCAAAAAGAGAGAAGUAGAUCCUGACAGCGACAGAGCGGUGUCAAUACGGAUACCCUCAAUUCUACACCAAUUUACUAUGACCAAACAUAAGAAGACUUUGGGCGAGAUCGUUGCAGAAAGUCAUCACAACGGGCUAGUUAGUUUGUCCCGAGACAAAUUCCGUCUUGAUAAGGACAUAGCACUUUCGCUCUUCGAUUUCACAACUAAGAGCAUAAUUGAUCACCUUCAAAAACUCGUAUCUAUGCCAUCCAUAUCUGACUGCACGGCAAUUCUUAUGGUGGGCGGCUUCUCAGAAUCCCGUGUAUUACAACACCGCAUUAAGAAUGCAUUUUCAACAUUGCAAGUAAUUAUUCCACAGGAUGCUAGGCUGGCGGUCAUGCAAGGUGCAGUAAGCUUUGGAUUCAGUCCAAUGUACAUUAGAGAAAGAAUAGCGAAAUAUACCUACGGUACUGCCGCUGUGCAUGAUCGCACAGAACGCUGCUUACAUCCCCCGGCCCAACUUUAUACAUUCUCUGAUGGAAUAACAAGAUGUAUAGGUCUUUUUCAAGUUUUAGUCAAGGAAGGGUCAACUCUUAAACUUGACUCUGUUGUGACCGAGUCCUGUGGCCCAAACACACCAGACCAAACAAUCGCGUAUUUACCAUUGUUUGCAUCUGAAUAUCCAAACGCAGAGCUUGUUUCAGAUCCGGGCUGCAGACUAAUAGGUAAUUUGUAUGUUCCAUUAGAUCCAAAGCUAUUUCAAUCAGGACGAAUCUACAAUGCUAGUUUUCGUUUUGGCGGAACAGAAAUUGUUGUCAAGGUUAACAAUACGAUUACUGGGGAGGAAUUCAGCACAUCGGUUGAUUUUCUUGGAUGAAUAAGGAUAACCUUUUCUCCUAAUUCAUACUCUACGACUGAAACAAAUGGAUGUGUCUCCUUAUUCAUGUGGACUUUUAAUGACAAUGGAUUGUGCACUUAAUUUGCAAAAAUACAUUUACGCAGAAGAAAAACAAAAACCUCAGAACAAAUAUCCACAUCAAGUAAAAUAAUAGGAACCGAAAUAUAUAUAAGACUUAUUGUUCCUCAUCUUAUUUCCUUUUAUGUAAGUGCACGCACGUGUGAGUGCGUGCGUGCUUAUUUGUGUGUGCAUAUGUGGAGACAAACUCUGGUUCUGGAUUUAACUGUAUAAUUCCUAGAAGGAUGCUCGUAUAAUUGCAUUAACUGAUCAUUAUAUGUAUCAUGAACGUGUGUACACUUCUGUUGUAAAUUCAAGAUUGCUAUUAAAAAUCAACUUUU